UUGAUGUAUUGCUCUCUUUGUUAUCACAAUGAGUCUCUCAUAAAGUCUCUAUUGCAUAAAAUCAAAUAGAUAUAUCAACAUGCUGUUUCAUUAGAUUGUUUUGAAUCCUCCUCAAUGGAAAAUUCGGUCUUUAAACUCCUAAAUUUAACGAAAUUUACGAAAAAUACAAUACUCAAUGAAAAGCAAAAGUUUCCGGAAAAGGGGAUAUUAAGAGUAAAAAUGGGGAAUUUUAAAAUUUGUUCUUAGAUCAUUUUGUUCGAAAAAUUAUAUCUAUCUUUUAGAUAAUGAGAAUGGUCUACACAGUGCUUUGCCUUUCAGAUUAUUACACUCAAAGAUUUCCUCAUUAUAAGCAAGUUUCUUGCGGUUAAUAAAGAAGGUUCUGGAACAAUGCAAUUCGAGCAAUCCUUGGCACUGUCUUAUAGAAUGUGAAAAAAAUGACGACUUCAGGGUUGUUAGUCAUAACUUUUGAUCUGAGCCUUUCUACAGAGUUUAGAGAUAACUCUAAAUUACGCCAAAGUGAGCUUAAUGUAAAGAGCCCUUCAAGAGCCUUGGCUUUGUUGUCAAGAUAUAUAAAAUGAGAAAAAUGAGUCUUUCAAAAGCAAAGAUGAAGGAAUUUUUUUUUUAAUUUCAGAUUAUAUCCAUUCUAAAUUUUCUAAAAAGAGUCUAGGACUGCAAGAAAUUUGGCCAUUAUACUUUUACUCAGUUACUAAGAGGCAAUAGCUUAAUAUCACUCUUAAUAAUCUUAUUUAUAAUAAAAAUUGCCGUAAAAACUCAUAGAAAUUUCUGGAACACAAACCCAACCCGUUCACCUAAAAACGACUUUGUGAAGAUAUUCACUUGGAAUUCUUGGAAGCUCAAUUUUUCUGAAAAAUUGAAUUAUUCAAUCACAAAGCUAAUAAUUAAUAAACUCUUAACUUAGAACAAGUGAGAUCACUCAAAGUAUAAACCUGGUACAGAUAAGAAGCAUAUGCAAAGAUUUUUAUAAAAUUGCUGCAAAACUCUCUUGUCAAGACUUAGCCAGACAUUUCCAAUAUUAAGGAAUGUUCUAUCCUAAAAGGACCUUCACCCAGGAUAUGACCAGUUAGAUCCAGCUUAGAGGGGCAUUGUCAGAACUCCAUCUGGUAGGAGAAGAACAAAAUUCAACUGUUGUGAUGGAAGUAUUCAGAUCUUAGAUUUUGUUCUAGAAGAAUCUAUGGUAUCGUCUGAUUGAGGAUAUUCUCAUGAUACAACAAGGAGCCUUGGAGACUAGCAUGAAGACUCUAAAAUUACCACUAAUCUUUGAUUAUAAUUGAGAUUAAAAGCUUCCUAUGAUUAUGGCGGUUUGCAAAAGAUUCAUUGUUCAACUUGGCGUUAUGGCAAGGUUAGAAGAGAAACAAAGGAUUCUUUGAUCGUUUUCACGAAGUCAGAGUUCUCCAGAAUAUUUAUGAAUGGAGCUUAUAUACCUCGGCUAUUGCCUUACAUUUGAGAGUGUCUGACCAAACAUUUGCUUUAAUUUUUGUUCUCCAUAUUUUUGAAAAUCCUUCAGAGAUGGCAGCCACCAUUAUAUAAGAAAUAAAAUUUGGAUUUUAUAAUAUUAAAAAUGAAAUUUUCAAACUUUUGCUGAAAUACAAACCUCACUAUUUUGCCUACCAAUGAUUACUCGAGCAUCAUCAAAGAGCUUAGCUUAAUAUACUGAAUGGAUGAAAUUGAUACAGGAGUGGCGUCUCUCCUCAACUACUGCCUCUGCUUUCCUGAGUCAAGCCCAACAAAGUUCCAGAACCUUCUUGAGAAUAAAGCAAAAAGAACAGAAAUAGUACAAGAGAAAGAGUGUAACACCAAGAGUAUUCCACAGGUACCAGACCAAAGCAUUGUUAAAGCAAAAUCUCAGGCUAGUUUGUCUGAAGGUGAAGCGAUGGCUGAAGAAAGUAAGCAAACAAGGACUCCUGCUCAGGUAUUAAAGAAGAGAAAGAGAAGGAAUUGUGAAUUAGACAUCAGGCCAAAUCUAAUUAAGUUAAGAGAGCAUAUCCUUAGCAAGCAAGUUGUUGGGUUUGCUUCUAAACCUAAGAAGGCUAAAAGCUCUACUAAAAAGCUCCUCAGAAGAAGAUCGAAGUAUAUUGGAGUAUCUAAGAAUAAUGAAAACUGGCAAGCACUCAUUAAUGUUGACAAGGUCAAGAACUACAUUGGCACAUUUGUGGAUGAGCUUGAAGCAGCCAAGGUAUAUGACCUCUACUCAGUAGCUAUAAGAGGCGAUGAGGCAUCCCUCAAUUUCGACUAUACUGCUGAAGAGAUGCUGGAGAGGAUCGAAUGCUAUCUUGAGCACAAAUCUGCCUAAAUUUUGCUCAAUCUCUUCAUCUAUUUAUAAUUAUCC